AUGGCGACUCCCUCUUUUGCUUACACCUUCCUUUUCAUAUUCUUAUUAUGCCUUGUUUCAGUCACCUCAUCGGAGAAUCAAGAGACCUUUAUCGUCUACAUGUCGAAAUCCAAGAAGCCCCAUCUUUUCUCCACCCAUCACGACUGGUAUUCCUCCAUCAUCCGCCGCCUUUCUCCUCUCUCUCACCUCUUGUACACCUAUGGUCGCGUCGCACACGGCUUUUCCGCUCGCCUCACGCCUUCCCAAGCGUCUCAACUGCGAAACAUCCCCGGCGUCAUCUCCGUCUUGCCGGAUCAACCCCGCCGCCUCCACACCACUCACUCCCCUGAGUUUUUAGGCUUAGCUGAAUCGUCUGGCGGCUUCUGGCCAAACUCUGGGUAUGGAGAUGAUGUUAUAGUGGGGGUUCUCGACACUGGGAUCUGGCCGGAGAGGCGUAGCUUCUCCGACGAGGGUUUAUCCCCCGUUCCCUCCAGCUGGAAGGGCGAGUGCGAGAAUAGUACGGAGUUUCCGGCGAGUUUGUGUAAUCGGAAAAUCAUCGGCGCUCGUGCUUUCUACAAAGGCUACGAAGCUGCUAAGGGGAGUCCGGUAGAUGAAUCGGUGGAAUCGAAAUCUCCGAGAGAUACGCAAGGCCAUGGAACACACACUGCCUCAACCGCCGCCGGCUCCAUUGUCGCCGACGCGAGCCUUUUCGGAUACGCGCGAGGGGAGGCCAGAGGCGUUGCGGUGAAAGCCAGAAUAGCGGUUUACAAAAUCUGUUGGAGCUUAGGCUGUUUCGAUUCCGAUAUCCUCUCUGCGUUCGACCAAGCCGUGGAAGAUGGCGUCCACGUGAUUUCCCUCUCCGUUGGCUCCAAUGGCUACGCGCCGCCGUACUUUAGUGACAGUAUUGCGAUCGGAGCUUUUGGUGCAAUGGAGCACGGCGUUGUCGUCUCCUGCUCCGCCGGAAAUUCCGGCCCCGGUCUAGCAACUGCCGUCAACGUCGCGCCGUGGAUUCUAACCGUUGGUGCUUCCACCAUUGAUCGGACAUUCCCGGCCGACGUGGUAUUAGGAGAUGGCAGGAUCUUCACCGGCAUGUCCUUGUACUCCGGUGAGCCGUUCUGCGAUUAUAAACUUCCGGUGGUCUACGGUGGCGAUGCUAACAGCACUUACUGUUACUCCGGAGAACUCGACGCCACCAAAGUCGCCGGAAAGAUCGUGUUCUGUGAGCCCGGAGGCAAUCUCGACGUUGAGAAAGGAUUUGCCGUAAGAGAAGCCGGCGGCGUGGGAAUGAUCGGUGCUGGGAGCUGGGGUGAACUCAUUCUUGCAAACCCACAUGUGAUUCCGGCGGCAAACGUCGACGAAACGGACGGAAACAAAAUCAAAGAAUAUAUAAAAUCCCACCCGUCGCCAACCGCCGCAAUUGUAUUCAGGGGAACAGUAAUCGGAACCACCCCGUCGGCGCCCCGCGUAGCGUAUUUCUCCAGCCGCGGCCCGAAUCUCAUAACAUUGGAAAUUUUGAAACCUGACGUGAUUGCUCCGGGGGUUAACAUCUUAGCGGGUUGGACCGGCGCAGAGAGCCCGUCGGGAUCGGAGAUGGACCGGAGACGGGUAGAAUUUAACAUUAUCUCCGGCACGUCUAUGUCGUGUCCCCACGUCAGCGGCUCGGCUGCCCUUCUUAGAAAAGCUCGUCCAACGUGGAGCCACGCCGCCAUUAAAUCUGCCCUCAUGACAACUGCUUACACCGUCGACAAUGCCGGAGAUAAUUUUAUCGAUCAAGCCAACGGCAAUCAAUCCACGGCGUAUAUUCACGGAGCCGGCCAUGUUGACCCGAAUAGAGCACUGGAUCCGGGUUUGGUUUACGAUCUGGGAGUGAGUGAUUACGUGGCCUUCUUAUGUACCAUUGGAUACGACCUAGAUCAAAUAUCCUUGUUCGUAAAGGAUCCCUCCACAGUGAAUUGCACCCUGCAGAAUCUGGGCACACCCGGGUCUCUAAACUACCCAGCAUUUUCAGUUGUUUUUUCAGACCAAAACGAGGUAAAAUACAAGAGAUCAGUUAAAAAUGUCGGGAGCGAAAAAUGUGUUAUUUAUGAGGUCAAAGUGAAUGCUCCCUUAGGGGUGUAUGUAAGCGUAUCACCAACAAAAUUAGUGUUUGAUGCGACAAUCGAUACGCUAUCGUACGAAAUAACUUUUACGAAUGCUCACUCGGGGAGUUAUGAUAGCUCAUACGGAUCGAUUGCUUGGGAAGAUGGGGUGCACAUUGUUAGUAGCCCAAUAACCGUUCUUUGGCUAAAUGAGAUUCGAUCUGCACUUUAAAUGUGUAUGCAUGCAAAAAUUGGGCUAGUAUAACCCAUG